AUGGGCAAUACACCAGCCCCCGCCAUCAGCACAGAAGCUGUCUACAAGACCGCGGAGUUUUAUCGAGAGGAUGGUCCACAAGCCGCAAAUCUCCCAAAACAUUCCAGUUACGUGGAUGAUUUGAUUGACUCGCGUCCAAGUAAACCCGACGCGUUAAAGAUUGCCAAGGAAUCCGAGGAUAUCCUUGCCAAAGGAGGAUUUGCUGUAAAGUGCUGGCAAUUCGGUGGCGAAACACAACCUCGCUUGAAAGAAGAGUUGUUAAAAUUGGACCUGCCAGAAAAGAGUGUUGAAAGCUCAGACCAAAGACUAAUAAUGUUAAAAGGAACUGACGAAAUCUUACGAGUGCUCGGUCUGGGAUGGAACCCAAAGAAAGAACCACUUCCCGGUGAAAAGAAAGUCCAUGUUGCAGCAGCAUCGAGCAUAGAGGCAUUGUUGAUCGACUAUGAACGAUUCAGCAGUAUCAACAAAGCUAUUUGGGUCGUCGCCAGAUUGCUAAACAUUGCGAAGAAGAAAAGUUUUAAAGACGGAAGGACUCUGUCCAUCUCGGUUAAGCAAUUACAAGAAGCCGAGAACUUUAUUGUUAAAGAAGUUCAGAAAUCAUUUGAAAGUGAACUGACAAAAACUGACCGCAAAGGCAGAAAAGGUGGUCGUUUCGCUUGUUUGAAUCCAGUCCAAGAUGAAAGUGGACUCUGGGUAGUGGGACAGCGCCUGAAGAACUAA